AUGUGCAGCGUGCCCCCGAAGCUAGGCCGCUUGUCCCGCUCGCUGAAGCUGGCGGCUCUGGGCAGCUUGUUGGUACUGAUGGUGCUGCACUCGCCGUCGCUGCUCGCCUCCUGGCAGCGCAAUGAACUGACCGACCGGCGCUUCCUGCAGCUCAAUAAGUGCCCGGCGUGCUUCGGCACGAGCUGGUGCCGACGCUUCCUCAACGGGCAAGUAGUAUUCGAGGCGUGGGGCCGCUUGCGCCUGCUGGACUUCCUCAACGUGAAGAACGUCUACUUCGCGCAGUAUGGCGAGCCCCGCGAGGGUGGCCGCCGCCGCGUGGUGCUCAAGCGCCUGGGCUCGCAGCGCGAGCUGGCCCAGCUCGACCAGAGCAUCUCGCGCACGGAGUUCGCGCGCCUGAAUGGCGACGUGAGGCUGCUCACGCCCGAGGCUGUGGAGGGUUGGUCCGACCUGGUGCACUGCCCCUCACAGCGCCUGCUCGACCGCCUAGUGCGCCGCUACGCCGAGACCAAGGACUCGGGCAGCUUCCUGCUCCGCAAUCUCAAGGACUCGGAGCGCAUGCAGUUGCUGCUGACCCUGGCCUUCAACCCCGAGCCGCUGGUGCUACAGAUUUUUCCAUCUGAUGAAGGUUGGCCAUUUGCAAAGUAUCUUGGAGCUUGUGGAAGAAUGGUGGCUGUAAAUUAUGUUGGAGAAGAACUGUGGAGCUACUUUAAUGCACCAUGGGAAAAACGAGUUGACCUGGCUUGGCAAUUAAUGGAAAUAGCAGAGCAGCUUACUAACAAUGACUUUGAAUUUGCACUCUACCUCCUGGACGUCAGCUUUGACAAUUUUGCAGUUGGUCCUAGAGAUGGGAAGGUAAUCAUUGUGGAUGCUGAAAAUGUUUUGGUUGCUGACAAAAGGUUAAUUAGACAAAAUAAACCUGAAAAUUGGGAUGUAUGGUAUGAAAGUAAAUUUGAUGAUUGUGAUAAGGAGGCUUGUUUAUCAUUUUCAAAAGAAAUUCUUUGUGCUCGUGCCACUGUGGACCACAAUUAUUAUGCUGUUUGUCAGAACCUCUUAUCCAGACAUGCCACCUGGCGUGGCACGUCUGGAGGACUCCUUCAUGAUCCACCAAGUGAAAUUGCCAAAGAUGGCCGGCUAGAGGCCUUGCUGGAUGAGUGCGCCAACCCAAAGAAACGCUACGGCAGAUUCCAGGCUGCAAAAGAACUGCGGGAAUAUCUAGCUCAAUUGAGUAACAAUGUGAGGUAGUCUAUGGUGAACUUUUUUUUUUUCCAUUUAAAUAGCACUGGCUAAUACUAAACCACCAAAACUAUCUGGGAAAAAGAAACUUGGAAGUAAUACUUUCAGAGGAUGACAAAUGUGCACUGAUACAUCUUAUGGUGAACUUUUCUUUUCUCCAUUUAAAUAGCACUGGCUAAUACUAAACCACCAAAAACUAGCUGGAAAAAAGAAUCUUGGAAGUAAUACUUUCAGAGGAUGACAAACGUGCACUGAUACAUCUUAUGUUAACGUUCAUCAAAAUAAGACAUUACUUCAAAAACCAUAUGAUUAUUUUGCAGAUCUUUUUGUUCUUACACUUUGGAAACUUGAGCUAUCCUUGUCUGCUUUGUCCCUUGAAUGCCUGAGUGCAUUAAUUAAUAUUGUCAAGCUAUUAGAAAUGAAUCUGAUAGUUAUAUUGGCUUGUGUAUCAAAGGGUACUUGGUAUACUUGACUUAGUUUGCAUUAGUAUCAUGAUUUUGUGAAUCUCUUACAUUUACUUUGAAUGUCACAUUAGAUUGGCCUGUUUUAUAGGCUACUUUUUCCUUCCUAAUUUUUUUUUCUAUUUUUAUGUUUUUCCUUCAGUCUUACACAUGCAGGUUACUUUUAAAUUUGGACUAGUUUUAAUUCAGUGCUAUGCAGUACAUGUUAACCAUUAGGACAGGAUUUCUAGGUUUACUGUGUUUUUUCAGGAAGCUGAAUAUUUUAUUAUGUAAAUACUUUUCUUCCCAUUUUCUGUGGUUUCACCAUUGCAUGAGCUCAUUUAAGGUUAUUUAACAGUUAUAUCUCUCUGUGCCAGUAAUUAGAAUUGUACACUAAACAUGAAGUUGGCAUAUGUUACUAAAUGUCAUUUUGUCCUUUAAAAGGCUUUAAGAAGAGUGUGUUAGUAGUUUUCACCUUGAUGUUAAUUUUGACAGGAAAAUAUAACCCCAAUAUUUUUUAAAUGCUAACUAGUCUAAAAUAGUAGUGCAUAUGCCAAAGAAAUAUUAGACCUAGUCCCAUGGUUAGAAUUUAAAAUUGGUCAUUUACUCACUCUUAUUGUCCUACUUGCAAUAUGUUCUUUAUCAUUAUUAAGUUCAUAUCUCCAUGGUUAUUUUUUUAUCUUGAAAAGUUAAGCUACUGCUUCCCAGCAUAGGCUACUUAAAGAUAUUCUAACUUUUAUUAAUCGGUAGUUUUUCAAAAGUAACAUGGUGUCACCAUUUGAGUCUAAUCAGGCCUCAUGACUUUUUAUUAAUGAAUGGACUAGUAAUUUAUACUGUAGCCAGUCUGCCCAACAUGGUCUUCAUUACCCAGUUGUUAAACAUCAAAACCUAAAAAAUUAAGUAUGUGGAUAAAAAUUAAUAAAUAUGUGAAAUUUGUGGGCUUUCUUAAAAAGUUAUAAUUGACAUAUAGUGACUAUCACUAACUGAUAUUAUUUUUGUUUGAAAUCAUUACUUUGUGUAUGACAAAGUUUGGUGUAGUGUGCAGUAUUUAGUUCUAGUUCUAGACUGACUUUAUUAUUUAUUAAUCAGAAAGUGAUUAAAAUAUGCACAACCAAAGCCAGGUUUUUCUUCUGUUUUUCAUGCAUUUAGCAACUAUUUAUUGAGCCACAGCUCUGUGUCACGCAUAUUACUAGCUGCCAUAUACUGCCUGAACAUGACAUGGUUAAGCAACUUUACAAUGAUGAUCAAAUAUUUUUAUGUAGGUAUUUCUUAAAUUAGGAUGCUCCUGAUUUCAUGUUAUUUUAUUUUGUGAUGGAAAUUCUACUUGUGCCAUCUAUAACCAGGUUGCUAUAAAAAGAGCAGGAUGUUCUUAAUAAAGAUAAUUCCAGUUUAAAACUGGAAGAAGGAUAAGAUUUCUUCAUUGUAAAAUAGAUUGCAGUGUGUUAACUUUUAUACAUCAGUACAUUAAUAUAUCAACUAGCCUUCAAACAUUGAGUGCUGGAAAUUUUACUAUGCUGAUGUUUUACAACUUAGAAAAACUUUCGAGGGGAAUAGGUAAAAUUACAAGCCUUCACUCAAAACUUCCAACAAAAUAAUACUUUUUCAAAAUGGAGCACCUUUUACAUUUGAUAAGUCUUCAUUACCAAUCUUAGAAUGCCAGUUACAGAAAGGUUGUCUUUCUGUGGCUUAGCAAACAUUUAUCUUACUUUUGGGAAGUGAUUGUGAUUGCAGAAUAGGAAGUGAGAGAACAGCUGCCAGCAAUCAUAGCUGCAUGAGGGAGUUUUGUAAACCUGUCAUUUCCUUGUAAAAUUAUGUGGAAUUUUCUUCAGAAAGUUGAGAAGGUAGUAAAAGAGUUAGGAAUUUAACAGGGAAAAUUGUAUGUGAAAAGCAAUAAAUUUUUGUUCACUUUGCUAUCAAGAUAUUCACUAUCAGAUAUUUAUUAUAUAGCAACAAUUUAUAUUUUUAAUCAUUGCCCAUUAAUAGGUGCAGUAAAAUAUUUUUGAAUCAGACAUUUGGGGUUUGUAUGUGCAUUAAAGUUGUUUUUUGUACUGUAAGUUACUGUUUAAUUGGAAUAAUUUACCAGAACUGUCUCCCUGUGCCUUUACAAUAUAAAGUUGUUUCUGCAACUUUAAUGCUCUUAAUAAAGAAUACUUUAAGAAUCA